AUGGGAGGUAAUCUGGGACUGGAGGCACUGGAGCUCUCGCACAACGAACUCAGCGGCUCCAUUCCAGAGAUUUUCGGGGAGAUGACGAACUUGACGCGCCUGGACAUAUCGUAUAACAGGUUUAGUGGAGAUCUACCUGAUAUCUGGAGCAAGAACUUGGAGCUCAGGUACUUGGAUAUCUCCAACAAUUCGCUCCAGGGUGGUUUGCCACCGAGCUUGCGAAGGCUACACAAGCUCUCGGUUUUAAGCGCUGGAAUCAACUUUUUCUCCGGGCCACUGGAGCUGGAAGAUGGCGACUUUGCGAGCAUCGAGACUUUGCACCUCUCGCAAAACUUGUUUAACGGGACAGUGCCAGCGAGGGUGGGAAGCUUGACGAACUUGAGGCUGCUGGUUCUCUUGAGGAAUCAUUUCAGUGGCUCUAUACCUCCGGAGCUUGGAAACUGCUCGAACAUCAGAGAGAUAUGGCUCAACGGCAAUGACUUGACUGGAACCAUCCCAGGCGAGCUCUCGAAGCUCUCGCAUCUCCAGCAGCUAGUUCUCAAUGGCAACGACAUCGGUGGGGAGCUCCCUUCCGGACUCUCCAACUGCACGGAGCUGGUCGUUCUCUGGCUGGAGCAGAACAAGUUUUCUGGAAAUCUCCCGGACAGCUUCGGGAACUUGAGCCGCCUGCUCAUUCUCUCGCUCUCCGGCAAUGAGCUUGUCGGUCCCAUCCCGGCCUCCUACGGCAAGAUGAGCUCGCUGAUCGGCCUCGACGUUGGAUCGAACAACCUCUCUGGAAAAGUCCCGGCCAUGCUGCAAAACGUCUCGACUUUGCAGUUCCUCUUCCUCUCGAACAACAGCUUCAGCGGCUCCAUCCCGGACUGGCUUCCCCGGCUCAGGAACUUACGAGCCAUGGACUUCUCGCUUAACAGGUUCUCGGGCGAGAUAUCGGCAAGCAUCGGCCGACUGUUUGCCAACGUCCAGCUCUACAACAUGAGCACCACCUACCCGCUGGUUCACGCGCAAAGCCUCGUCUAUGCUGGCUUCGCCUUGCCAACAACCAUAGACUUCUCCUCCAACCAGCUGAGUGGAAGCAUUCCGGCGGCCAUCGGCGACCUCUACAAUCUCCAGGUGCUGGACCUGAGCCACAACCAGUUAACCGGCCCCAUUCCCGAGUCCCUGGGAAACGCAAGGAAUCUCUCCAGGUUGGCGCUCGCGAGCAAUCUUCUGAAUGGCUCCAUACCAUCGUCCAUGGCGGACCUCUCGUUCCUCACCAUCCUCGACGUCUCCAACAACAGCCUGGUGGGACGGAUACCUGACAGCCCGCAACUCUCGUCCAUGGACGCGGCUCUCUUCGCUGGGAACCAGCUCUGUGGGUUGCCACUGAUCAACACCUGUUCGAGCACUGCUACGCCGCCGCAUAGGCCUAGAAGAGACGGAGAAGGUGGUAGCGAACAGGACCAAGGAGGCGUGACAACACUUGUCAGCGUCGCCAUCUUCGUGGCAGCCUUCUUCUACGCGUUCUUCUGGACUUUCCUGUGUACUUUGCGGCAACCCACAAAGCUGGUUCCCAGCUCUGUGGAUGCUGGCAAUCGAAUCUCUAGCUCGUCCACCAUGUUGCUGCCGUCCUUUCUAGCUUCCAGUUCGUAAUCCAUCACCAUCGAGCGUGUGACCGCUUGA